AUGGUGUCGAUCUUCCACACCCCUAAGGCAGAAUCCUUUCAAGAUGAAGACGACCUGAUCUGGAAACCGCCUGCUUUUAUAGAGGAAGAGGGUCUUCAAGGGCCCUCCAGCGGGACAGGCUCGUCGAACGUCAGUACUUUAAACGGAAGCAGCACACCGGGAAAGAAAAGCCGGAGACCGAGAUCCAUUCUGGUUUCCAGGCUAUUGUUCAAGGAUCAUUCAGAAACCACCGAAGGGGAGUCGCUGUUUGAGGAUCGUCGGUCUGGAACACCAGGAGGCAUGGGCAAGCUCCGGAGCUUGUUCAAAUUCGGCCUGCCCGGGCCGUCUGAAGAAGAAGCGGAAGAUCCAGUAAAGACCGACAAGGAGGAGCAUACUGAGGCGUCUCCGGAAAAGCCCAAAUCAAAAGAGGACUCCAACGCGUUCUGGAAGUUCAGCUUGGGCCGCAAACGGUCUGUUUCAGCCGCACAGCCACACACGUUGCAGAGCUCACCAAGAAGCGAUAACCAGGAGCAAGAGAGCCCCAUGGUGCUGAACAGCUUGUACUUUGCCCACCAGGGCCAUCCACCUCACAUGACUAACCAGAAUGGAGAAGCCGGGCUCUCGACACAAAACAACCUUGCGGUUUCUUUGAGACACAACGAUUCCGUGUUCUCCGUGAACAAGUCUCAUCUGCAUCUGAGCCAGACCCUGGCGUCCCACGAGACGGAAAAGGAGCUACUGGAAAUCAAGGAAGUUGCACUGACAACAGCUCCGGAUGAAAAAGUCCCUGCUCUUCAAGAAAGCCCAUUGGGAGCUCCUCCAUCUGGACCAGGUUUCACUCAACGGACGCUCCGAAGAGUGGCCUCAGCGCCAUUGGUUCACAGACUCUUAAACGACAACAAACUGCCGGUUCUCGAGCCGAAGAAAGAGUUCGAUGUGAAGGACCAUAUUGGCGAGCUUUCUGCAGUGAAGAGCAGGCCAAGAACUUAUACCCAAGGCCGCAUGUACUCCCACCUGGCAACUCGUAUAAUGACGGCCCAGGUUAGCCCCGAGUGCUUUGAAAAAGUCAAGCUCUUAGGUAAAGGCGAUGUGGGCAAAGUUUACUUGGUUAAGGAGAAAGCUUCUCUGCGUCUAUACGCCAUGAAGGUGCUUAACAAAAAGGAGAUGAUCCAAAGAAACAAAAUCAAAAGAGCAUUGGCCGAGCAGGAGAUCUUGGCCACUAGCAACCACCCGUUUGUCGUAACAUUAUACCAUUCGUUUCAAUCGGAAGAGUCGUUAUAUUUGUGCAUGGAGUAUUGCAUGGGUGGAGAGUUCUUCCGUGCUUUGCAAACCAGAGAAACAAAAACGAUUGGCGAGGACGAUGCUAGGUUCUACGCCGCCGAGGUCACAGCAGCCUUGGAAUACUUGCAUUUGAUGGGUUUUAUUUAUAGAGAUUUGAAACCCGAAAACAUCUUGCUCCACCAGCUGGGGCACAUCAUGCUCAGUGAUUUCGAUUUGUCCAAGCAGUCUGCUAAAACUAAGGGACCAGAAAUCCAGUUUGCAAAGUCUCAUAACCACAGCAACCCCACCAUUGACACUAAAGCAUGCAUUGACGGGUUCCGGACGAACUCGUUUGUUGGUACAGAGGAGUACAUCGCUCCAGAAGUGAUUCGUGGAAAGGGCCACACGAGUGCAGUGGAUUGGUGGACGCUUGGUAUUUUCAUUUACGAGAUGCUUUAUGGAACGACGCCCUUCAAGGGCAGAGACAGGAAAGCCACCUUCAGCAAUGUGUUGAAGAAAGACGUUAAGUUCCAUGACACGCAGCCCGUGUCGGGAAAUUGCAAAAACAUGAUCAAGAAGCUUUUGAUCAAGGAUGAAACGAAGCUGGGCGUUGUUGAGGCAUCAGCAGCCGCCCAUGAUCCCCGUUCUCACCAAGAACAAGAAGGGGACAGCAAAAAACAGGAGGUGUUUUCGCUGGACGAUCCCAGCGGGUCGUCGUCGCAAUCCAAGCCUACUAGCCUGGACCCUGCCAAUGACCCAUUUGCGCUGUUCAGCUCAGUAACCCUCCAUUAUAACGAGACAGACGAUUACGACCUGGCGUUCAUGUUGGGCACCGAGAGCUCGGUGAACACCUCUGUGGCCUAUACCAUGAACAGCCGGCCUGGUGCCAGCUCCAGGCGACAAAAAGGAUUUCUUCGCCGGUGA